AUGGCACCCUCCACCGCAGCACCAGCACCAGCACCAGCGCCGGCAAGGGCGACGAGAGAUUCGUCUAUCAUAGAAGAGGAAUUACACCCCAGCGGGGAUCCAGAUCUUUUGAGCUCACCAGAUGAUACCGACUCGUUUGUUGAACUGGGCGGCUUCCACCAGCCUGGAUCAAUCGGCGCCAGGAUGAAAGGCCCUUACAGCCCUGAAUCAGGCGAGUAUGAUUCCGAGAUGGAGUUUCUAGAUUCCCAUUUGCUACCGUCCGUCCAAACUUCCUUCGCUGUGCCUACGCCUGCAGCACCUGCGCCGGCACCUGCUCCGCAACACCCCGGGACUUCGAGACAACCUGCCGCGGGGGCACCACGACCACGUGGGAGACAGCCGGACGCUGCCCAGGUCCGCCUCGUAGUCAAAGGCGAAGAGUUCGACCGUAUGAUUGGCUUCACCGGCCGCAAACCCUACAUCCUAUCCAAGCUCCGCCCGCACGACCCUUAUGGCCUCGAACCUACGUUCGACCUACUAGGUAGGCGCCCCUCCGCUCGAAACGGGCACGACGCCGUUAAGAAGCAUUUCGACGUGGCGCACGUGAAGUGGGAGAUCUCGGUCUCUAAAAUGGCCAGCGAAGUGGAAAAUAUGGUCAAGUACGGGAUCAUGUUGCGCGACGAAGCGCAUGCUUCCCAUAAAUGGGUUGGGCAGACGGGGACGCAGACGUGGGGCGAGGAUGGCAGCAUGAAGAACUAUGGUGCGUUUAUGGCGUCGCUGAAGAAGGUGAAGGAGAUGGCGAGGAAGGCGGAGGAGUUGGUGAAAGCUGUGGAGGGCGAUGCGAAGAGGUGGAGCAUGGGGUCUGCGAAGAAGAGGAGGGAUUGGGAUGAGGUGGAGAUUAGUGUCACGGAGGAGAGUGAGUGA